UCUACUACGACAAAGCAUGUUAAUCACAAUUUACAAGAAUUGCAGACAACAUGCGCUAUAUGUUUAGAAGAUUUUCAAGAUGGGGACUUAUUGAGAGUUCUGCCAUGCGAACACGAAUAUCAUACUGGAUGCAUAGAUACUUGGCUUACACAAAAAUCCUCAAAAUGUCCUCUCUGCAAGUUUGACUGUCGUCCCCCAAAAGCCAUCGAUGUGAACGAUGGAAGUAAUAAUACCAAUGAAGCAUCAACUUCAAAUACAAAUAGUGGUUUGCCAGCACCUGUGCAAGCACAGACCCCAAGGCAACGAAAUAAUUUAAUAAUAUCGUUAUGGAGAAGGACUUG